GGAGGACUACACGCACACACUUUUCUAACACACGCACACACAUCAUGGCUAAGCGGCUCGGUGAAUGUAUAAUAUAACAUAACGGGACAACUUUAACCCAACUGGAUACCACCGACCUCUCUGCGCUUCUCUCGCCCGCAUGCGAGCGCCUGUUCCCGGCCUGAGAAAUGCUGCUGAAAUGAUGAUGAUGAAGAUCCUGACAGGAGGAGGCCACUGCCGAAGGUGCAGCCCUCGCUAGACGCACACUUCUGCAGCGCUCUAUACCACUAUCACCACUAUCAUCCACCCCCACCCCCGAGUGUCUCCGCCAUGGCCAACCACUUGGAGCUGAUCCAGGAGCUGCAGCAGCUGGACAAGGUGCCCAGUCUGGAGAGGCUGCGGGCGGCCCAGAAGCGGCGCACUCAGCAACUCAAGAGAUGGGCCGUGUACGAGAAGGAGAUGCAGAACAAGAAGCGCAAGGCUGACAAGAAGGGGCGAAACGCUAACGGUCUCCAGCACGGCGAGUCCAAGAGGCGAGUGUCGUUUGCUGCCAGCGUGGCGCUUCUGGAAGCGUCGGCCAGGAACGACCCAGAAGAAGUGCGCUACCUGCUGAAGAACAACGUGAGCCCAGACCUCUGCAACGAAGACGGCCUCACCGCACUUCAUCAGUGCUGCAUAGACAACUAUGAGGAGAUGGUGAAGAUCCUGCUGGACCGAGGAGCCAACGUCAACGCUCAGGACAACGAGCUGUGGACGCCACUGCACGCCGCCGCCACGUGUGGCCACGCUGGCCUGGUCAAGAUACUCAUUGCACAUGGUGCGGAUCUGCUGGCGGUCAACUCUGACGGCAAUAUGCCCUAUGACCUUUGUGAAGACGACCCUACACUGGAUAUUAUCGAGACAGCCAUGGCCAACAGAGGCAUCACCCAGGAGAUGAUCAACGAGACACGAGCGUCAACAGAGAGGACGAUGCUGGGAGAUAUCCAGGCGCUUGUGCGGAUAGGAGAGGAGGUCAACCAGCAGGACUCGCAGGGAGCCACACUGCUGCACAUUGCAGCAGCAAAUGGUUACAUGCAGGCUGCUGAGCUGCUGCUGGAAGGGGGUGCUCGCAUGGAUCUGAGGGACUCGGAUGGAUGGCAGCCACUGCACGCCGCAGCGUGCUGGGGUCAGAUGCACUUGGCCGAGCUUCUGGUGUCUCAUGGAGCCAGUCUCAACGCCAAGACUUUCCUGGAGGAGACCCCCAUUGAUUUGUGUGAGGACGAGGAGUUCCGAGCCAUCCUGCUCGACCUCAAGCACAAACAUGACAUCAUCAUGAAGUCGCAGCUCAAACACAAGACCUCCCUGUGCCGGAGGACGUCCAGUGCUGGCAGUCGUGGGAAGGUAGUGCGGCGAGCCAGCCUGUCGGACAGACACAACCUGUGCCGCAAGGAGUACGAGACGGAGGCCAUCGUGUGGAGGGGAGGGAGGGAGGAGGAGAAGGAUGAGAAGGAGGAGAAAGAGAAGGAGUCUGAUCGGCAGGAGAACAUCCAGGUGCUUCAGGUAAAGCCCGUUGAGGCGGUGGAACUCCCCGACCAGCCCAAGCAGCCCACCAUUCUCAAAGAUGGCAGCACCAAACAGAACGGCCUCAUCCCCACGUCAUCGUGCGUGCCGCCACAGCCGCCUGCCGCAGGCCAGGGUGACAAGUGGCCUCACGAAAGACCUCAAACUCUGUCGGAGCUGAAGAAACAGAGGGCGGCGGCCAAACUGCUGAACCACCCCUUGUUCAAUGGUCACCUCGGCAACGGGUCCACAGACUCCUUCAGCGAUGCCAAACUCAACUCCGACGAUCCCCGGAUGCCGCUUGUGUCGUCCAAUGGCAACGCCGUUUUCUACACGCCGGCCAGCGGCGACCCGCCCCUCCUCAAACUGAAACAGCCAGUAGAGGAUGAGCAGCCAAAGUCGCGGACCUGCUGCUGUGUGUCAUAGCGCCCUCGUCAUGUGAAAUGAUGGAACAGCAAGCAUUUGCACAGAAGGAUGAAUGGAAAUGGGACGCAAAACAAUCAAUGGAUUCUCACUAAGGCUGCGUUCACACCUGUCAUGUUAGGUUAAGGUACAGUUUGGUCAAGUGUGAACGCGAUCAUCCAAACCCUGGUGGAGACAGAGAUGGUUUGAGAGCUGGGUCUCUCCGCUUGUAAGUGUACUCUAGUGCGGUUCAGUUCAUUUGAGCUCAAGUGUGAACAUGACACGGACCAAACACAAGGACCGGUAUUAAAAAGACAGCAAAAAGCAUGCAGAAAUAAAUAUGGAAGAAAAACUGCUCUACUUUAUCCCCUCUGUGCCGACAGCCACUCUUUAAAAACAAGAGCUACUGAGCUUUCGCUUUUCCUGAAACCAAAGCUGGUAAAUACAGUGGAUCCCUCAAAUAUUCACCAAUUCAGCAUUUGCAACCCCACAAAUUCACUUUUUUUCCCCCACAGAAAACACACCACCGUAUGUCGCAACAAUUUAGAAAUACAUAAAACGUGCACAGCACACGUGCACCACUCUUUGAAAGCCCACACUUUUUACAUGUUCGUCUUUCCGGUGCUUCAACAAUGAUUGGUUUUUUUCCUUCAAGUGUUGAAAUUACAUACUUUGUUCGGUGGUUUCUGAAUGCACCAUCGUUGUGUGCUGAGAUGCAAACGUGAAACUUGCUUAUAGAUUUCUCAGAUGCUGCCACAGCUUAAAAAGAUCCCCCAAAUAGAACACAAACUGCCGCGUAAACCUAGAUUGUGUCACAAGUUAGCAAUGGCAAUUGAAGAGAGAAGGUGAGGGUUCUGGAGCUGAAUCAAAUCUAAUAAUUCCAAUCAGACUUGUUGCAAAUGUUGAUCCGAAAAUGGAGAACGUUUGGAGGAGUUGGGAGGGGGGAGUAAGCCAUGUCUCAAGCAUAUAGUUUAUGGGCGAAUCUAUUACUCGCCAUUUUUUUGGCCAUUCACAGGUGGUCCUCGACCGAAACCACUGCGACUGCAUAGCAAAAUAUAAAAAUAAGCUAUAUAUUCAACCUAGCAGAUGCGAUUUUGGUUUGGGGUGUUUGAGUUAUGUCACGAAAGCUGCUCAGUCAAGUCUUUGGUACCGAACCACAAGUGUGAACGCAGCCUAAAACACAACUGAAUUCCUCAGAAGAAGGCAGGCUGUAAAUUAAAAUGAGUCUAUGGGUUAAAAUUCCUGUUGAUACACUUGUUUCUCUGGCCUUGUGCACCCUAAAUCCAAAAGAUGGAUGAGGAAGAAUUCAAGGUACACGAUUGAAGUUCUGUUCGAGAUUUCAUUCGAAUGUCAUUGUUGUGCUUUUUCAACAGAAGAAAAGUCAGGAAGCAAAUUCAGCAAAAAUAGCUAUGAAGGUAGCCUGUAUAUCAAAGGGAAGGAAUGCCAUUAAAAAAAAAAAAAACAAGUAUUAUAACGUUCAGGAAGUGUACUUGGACACUCACCGUCCCUUUUUAUACUGUCAGAACUCCAACUGACAUUUCUAUUUAUGAAUCAUUCACUCGGAGCGUUGUUGACUGUACAUUUAUUUAUGAUAUUAGAAAGCAUCAUGGUUCCUACAUUAUUUAUUACUGCAGAUGGCGUGUGACUGUGAUACAAGAUGAGAAAGCACCUUCUGAUAUGAGAAGUGAAGUGUUCAGUGCUUCACAGCACGUGACUCCAUCACUAUGAUUGACAGUGUUAGCAUGUCCCCCCCCACCCCAAUGAGACACCCAAUAAGCACAUUGGCCCUGACAUUUAACUGUAUGUUGCCUCAUCUCCUCACCAGUGCCAAAGAGUCUUCCGUCGAAAGGUUUUAUUUCUUCCCGAUUUUGUUUAACACACAAUUCAACCUCCCUUGUAAGCCCUUGUACAGUGUCUAUUAUUUGUAAAUAUGAAUUUGUAAAUAUGAUUGUACGUGUCUGGUCAUCUGUUCCCGUCAGCUGCAUUCAAGUCUGUUGUUUGUGUCUUAAUGAAAAUAAAUGGAACCUGACUGAGUAACAUAGGAGAAUUUAACGAUCCAUAUGGCUAAUCCCACAGUGUAAACCCUGCUCAGGUGUCAGUGUUAUUGUUCAUCUUUUCAUGUUAGUCCUUAUUCAUGCUUGUUUUUUGUUUGUUCAAUGAGUCCACUUGAAACUAGCGGAGGUCCAACUGAGCUUGUCUGUUCUAGCUGCUGCAAUAAAAAUGCAUUGAGAUUUCAUGUCCAGUUUGUAAAGUAUCAUUAGAAGUGGCCCCAAAAGGGAUAACAAGCACCUGUUAAACAUGUGUCAUUCACCUACAUGUUUGGAAGGAUAAGGUAAGGUUUGUAAUUACUGGAAAAUAUUGACGGUGGCAUUCACACUUUUGAAAUAAAUUGUAUAUUUUGAGAAGCUUACAUGGUCUCUUCUGAAUUGGGUGGGGCUGUAUGGAAAAGGUGCAAUAAUUUAGGGUGUGUUUACACGUGAAUGAUAUAGUACAUACAAAUAUAAAUCUACAGAUAAAAGGUAAGGCAUGAAUACGAUACACCAAUCCUAACA